AUGAAACUAUACCCGGGAAAAACUUUAAUACCUUAUAUUUUAUAUGUAGAUGAUUUUGAAAUAAACAAUCCUCUUGGGUCUAAUGCUUCAAAACAUUCCAUUUGCAACUUAUAUUACUCAUUCCCAUGUUUACCAAUGGAAGAAUCUAGAUUGGAAAAUAUUUUUUAUGCUGCUAUUACAAAGACAUCAGAUUUAAAACAAUUUGGCAACGAAAAAUGUUUUGAAUGUCUCAUAGAUGAGUUAAAAGAUUUAGAAAUAAAUGGAAUUGAUAUUAAUGAUGGCAAUAAUGUAACAAUCAAAAUACAUUUUAUCUUAGGUUUAGUCGUAGGUGACAAUUUAGGAUUAAACUGUUUUCUCAAUUUCAGUAAAUCUUUCUCUAGCAGUUAUUUUUGCAGACUUUGUAGAGCUCCAAAAGAAAUGACACAGAAAUUAAGCUGUGAAAAUUCAGAAUUAAUGCGCACAGAAGAAAACUACCAGUUAGAUGUUUUGGAUCCCAACUCUAAAGGAGUUGUUAACAAAUCCUUACUAAAUAAUAUUCCAUCCUUCCACGUAGUCAAAAACUACUAUGCUGAUAUUAUGCAUGACCUUUUUGAGGGAGUCUGUCAUUAUAAUAUCAUUCAUAUUAUCAACUAUUUUAUUACUUCUAUGAAACACUUUGAUUUGGAUACUUUGAACUCUCGAAAGGAAUUUUUCGAUUAUGGCCCAAAAGAAAUUGAGAAUAUUUCACCCAAAAUACAGCUUCACCAUCUUAAAAAAAAAAAAUUAAAAAUGUCUGCUAGGGAAAUGAUGACUUUCAUUAUGUAUUUUCCUGUUAUGAUUGGAGAUCUCGUUCCUUCAGAUGACGUAGUCUGGAAAUUUCUUAUCAACUUUGUUGAAAUCAUUGAUAUUUUACUUUGUUUUGAGAUUGAUGAGUGUAAUAUACUGAUUUUGGAAAAUAAAAUUAAAACACAUAAUUCUGACUAUAUCACUUUAUUUAAUGAUACAUUAAAACCAAAAUUUCACAAUUUGACUCAUUACCCAAAUAUUAUUAGACAAUCAGGACCUCUAAGGAAGAUAUGGUGUUUCAAUUUUGAGCAAAAACAUAAACAGUUUAAAGUUUACUCACAUUGUAUAACCUCACGAAAAAAUAUAUGUUUAACAUUGGCUAAAAAGUAUGAGUUAAAAUUUGCAUUUCAAUUGUUAAAAGGGACAAGUUUUUUUAAUGCUAUUACUUCAAAUGAUAAUCAUCUGGUAGAGAGUAAUUUCAAAAAUCUCAUUAAUAAUAAAUUACCAAACGUUCAUGACGUUUCCAUCCAAUUUUAUUCACGAAUUUAUUUUAAAGGAGUUGAAUACAGACAAGGUUGUUAUAUUUCAGUUUUUAAUAAAAAUAUUUUAUUAAACUUUAUACAUGAAAUUGUAGUAGUAGAACGGAAGCAUGUUUUAUUUUUUUGUCAACAAUUACAUAGUGUAAAAUUUGAUGACCAUAUACUUGCAUAUGAAGUAGAUCCUUUAAAUUUAGGUUCAUUUUCAAUGAUAGCUGCAGAUGAAAUAAUUGGACCACCUAUUCAUUUAAUUAGAACUGCAGAAGGCAAAAAAGUUAUACGCCUUAAAGAAUAUUAUCGUUGCAUUUAG